GAGCGAGGGAGCGCGCAAGAGAGAGAGACAGAGGGAGAGAAAGGGGACAGAUCUUGGGGAGUCGUUUUUCCUCUCUGUGUGUGGGUCUCUCUCUCUCUCCCUCCCCCAGCAGGCGCUUGCUCACUGCAACUUGCGAAAGGGUUUCAGAUGUCCCAGCGCCGCCGCUUGACAGUCUCCCCCCCUCCACCUCCCCGCAAAUAAAACUUGACCACCAGAGGCACGUCUCACCUCUCAGCUUUGUCAUCUUUAGCGUUUAGGAUACAGCCUCCCAACCUGCCGGCAAACCAAGGAGAGAGAGAGAGAGCGAGCGAGCGACAGAGAGCAAGGCGAGCAGACGCGUCCGAGCCUGGUUCCCGCCGUCCCUAUUUCCUCAAGGGAGAAAUAGAGCUAGCGGCGUUCGUCGCCGUAGGUUCGCGUCUCGCCCUCGAGAGGAUUGCGGAGAGGGAAGGAAAAGUGUACGGAGAACUGGGGGUGAAAAAAACCCGGCAAAGGCGACUCCUGCCCCGCUUAACUUUUCGCUGAGGAGAACCCGCGCCCGAGCGAAGACUUCUGGGAGUUUCGGCUGCCUCCCCUGGGAAGAUGGUGCAGGGACCCCCGAGGACCGAGCCUCGUUAAGCCCCGGCUUUGGCGCGUCCGGAUCGGGGCCUCCGCCUCGUGCGCGCGACUGGUUUCCUUUGGCUCCCGCCUCUCACCUCCCCCCCCCACGCCCACCCAGCCCCACCCGCGAACUUACUUAUCACCACACGGUGGGUCUUCUUCGCUCCGCUUUUCGCCGAGAGUCGGCUUCCCUCAGCGGCCAAUCGCCGCCCCUCUACCCCCACCUCACCCCCCCUGAGGCGAAGGGCCAAAACUCCCAAGGGCAGACGUCAGGCGCCCCCGAGGCAAAGGGCAAGGGGGAAGGCGGCCGUUUCCCCCCCGGAGAGCUGGCCCCCUGAGGCAUGGAUGUCGGCGCCCUCCCUUCAGGCCAGAUCAGCGCGCCGGAGGCUCUGAGCGAAGGGGCUCCCCGCCGGCUGUCCGCUCGCCUCGCCCGGGAGCUCACCCUCCCAGCAUGUUUCUUUCCAUGAGGCCUCUCCCAGCGCCCAGAGCUUCAGUACAAUGUGCAGAUGGAGACUGAUACAGGGUGCCUCCGCCUCUGCCCACCUGCCUUCCUCCUCCUCCUCCUCUUCUUCCUCCGCCGGCCGCGGCGGCUGCAGCUUCUUGCUGCUGCUCUGCCUGAUGUCUUCGCUGACCGCCUCCAGCCAUGAGCACGGGCGCGGCGUGCUGCUCCUCAAGGCCGCCAACGCCUCGUCCACCUCUUCUUCUUCCUCCCCCUCGUCGUCUUCCUCCUCCUCUUCGGCCGCCAGCGCGGGGAGACGCGUGCGGAGCUACGAUCACCUCCGAGGAGACGUGCGCCAGAGGAAACUCUAUUGCUUCAACAAGUUCUUCCUCCGGAUUGAGAAGAACGGGAACGUGAGCGGCACCAAGAGGGACAACUGCCCCUACAGCAUAUUGGAAAUAACAUCUGUGGAAAUUGGAGUGGUGGCUGUUAAAUCCAUUAACAGCAAUUAUUAUCUUGCCAUGAAUAAAAAUGGCAAAGUCUAUGGAUCUAAAGAGUUUAACAACGAUUGCAAGCUAAAGGAGAGGAUAGAAGAAAAUGGAUACAAUACGUAUGCCUCAUUCUCCUGGAAAAAUAAUGGAAAGCAAAUGUUUGUGGCUUUGAAUGGGAAAGGCGGGACAAGGAAAGGACAGAGAACCAGGCGGAAAAACACUACUGCUCAUUUUCUUCCCAUGUUAGUUGACCCACAGAUGAAGGACUUCUUCUACUGAUUGCAGCUGAACCAAAGAUUUUGUCAGGAAUACCUUGUACUCCUCUCAAAAGGCAAAGGCAAAAACAGAGCAGAUGUCUGUUUGACGGAAAAGGGGAAAAGGUUUUCUACUCUCUGUUGCAUUAUGAAGUACCUCUAAUUAGCUAUGUGUCAUAUGCUAUAAUCAAAACACAAGCUGGAUCAAAUGGGAUCAGAGCUUUUUCCAACGCAAGAGAAUUAUGAUUAUUAUUUUUUUAUCUUGCCGGUAGAACUGAAAGGAUAUGAGACGAUGUAUGGGGUGAUGUUGGGGAAAGUUAUUUAUGGAAUACUAACUCAAAUCAAAAGAACUUCAUUCAAGCUUAAUGAUCCAAUGAACAGUUAAGCAUUGACUGUAAGCGCAUGGGUCAUAUGCAGAAAGAAGAAAAGAUUUUGGAACGGUCUCAUAUGGAAAAGAUGAAUAGGAUUAAGAAAUAUAAGCAUAUUAAAGUUGUUCUAACAAAAUAAAUAGUAUGAUUCCCCAUCUCUUUGUAUGCUAACGCCAUGCCUUUGUAUUUCUCCCUAAGUUAUUUAUUUAAUAGGAUGUUAAAUAUCUUUCUUCUCUUUUUUUUUGAUUGUUUGAAGGAUUUUCUUAGUUGCUUCCUCUCGCAUAAUGGUUCUUUUCCUGCUGUCUAUAUUCUUUGCAAGAUUGACAAAGUCAAACCUUGAAACCUUGCCCAAAUUUCCAUAAAUACAGGAAGAACAACACAAAAGAAAAACAUGGGAUUGUAGAUUGUGUUCAGUUGUGUCCCCCCCUUUCCCCCCCUCCUCUUGAAACUUGUCUUUUAAGAUUUGCACUUAAAAUUGAUAGGAUCAGAAACGAAUGGAAAUGGCAACCGGAUCUGUGUGCAUUUUAUCAACAUCUUUGAUUACUGCUCUCCUUACAGAUCCAAAACUUCCUAUAUAAGAUCAUCUACAGAGUUUUGCUACUGUUUUGAAGUGGGCAGAAUUUAUUUAGAUAUUCAAAUGUCAUUUAAUGCCUGACCCCAAAAGUAUUGAAAUUGAAUCAGAAUAAUUAUCUUUUCUUUAAAAAAAACAGUCAUAACUAUAGGUGUCCACAUGUUAUACCAGUGGCUUUUUUAAAAAAAAAUCAGCUGCUUUAAAAUGUGUGGACUUUAAUUCCCAGAAUUCGAAUCUUAACAUUGCUGAGGAUGAGAAAAGGUAUUUAUACUAAUGCAAUUUCUUUUCAGAAAGUCAUUGAAUUAAGUAUAUUGAACUGAUAACAUCUGAGCAGCUAUUCAUUUACAUCAUCACACCCGAAAAAGUAAAUAGAAAAAGCCAUUCCUUUGACUGUAGUCUGUUUCAGAAAACAGCCCUGAAAUACAUGGUGUUGAAAAUCACAUCUUGAUCUAAAUAAAAUUCAAUUCAGGAUAGUUUCAAAUAUUGCAUAGGAGUUGCAGAAGGGAAAGGAAAUUGCAUUGUAUUUAACACUAUCAAACCCAGUGCAAAAGCCUAUUCCACAAACCCCUGAAGAUUAAGACUAAACUCCUUUUAUCUCUGCAGAAAAUGUACACUUUCAUGCAAUGACUAGAACCAUGUGCUAUCUCCUGUGUAGUGUUGAAAGCUGCCCAGUGUUCUCGAGCAUGUCAGUUUAAGAUGUCUGUAUUUGGUUCUACUAAAAUCUUAGCAUUACAAAUGAGAAUAACCCUUUAAUUGAAGAUAAAGAAUUGGCUGAACAUCAGAUGUGAGCGUUCACCUUUACGUAGGUGUGCUGAUUGUCAGUUGUAUCCCUGGGAGCCUUGGUUAAAAAGUUUGAGAAGUAGCAUCUCAAUUGAUGGUGCUGAAAACCUGGUAGAAAGGCGGGUAGAAAAAUAUUGGGAUUAUAUUGACCAAAUAAGUGGCUGUUCCCUUUUUUAUUUUGGUCAUUACUUGCUGUUAAUUUUUAAUACAGGGGUGGCUAAUCCACGAAUCACAUAUUCCUAUGCUCCAUGUUCCUUCUGUACAAUUUCUGAAGCUUCUUAGGGAGAAAAUACCAAACAAUUGCCUUGUACUUACCACCACCCAAUGGUGGA